AUGCUUCCCUCGGAGCACGUUAUUCUGCUGCUGCUAGCAUUUCCUGUGGUCGAUGCUCUCACUUCGGGAUUAUCACGUUUAGCUGAGACACCAAAACACUUCUAUCAAGUUCGAUCCUUGAUUGUUUGCAGAAGGAAAUGCGAGGAUAAGUGCAGCCCAACAAAUUCUCUAUGGCAGCAAUUUGGUUGCAAUCGUUGCGUUCAAGAAUGCAUUCAAAAAGAAAACAUGAUUUUUGAAGAUGGGCCACAGGAUCGUGGCUUAAUCCGAGCGGUAGUGGUCUGCUGUGCGCGAUUGGUCACCCACUACCAAGUAUCAGCAAAAAUUUACUUUGAUCUUUCCAACGACGUGAAAGAAGAUGUAGUUGCUGUUUUGGAGUAUCGUAAACUGUCCAGUACCGAUGACCUUUACUCUCCUUCAUGGAUCGUUAGUCAAAUAAUUCGUGAUCGAUCCGUGAACAUAGCUGACAUGGAAUGCGGUUUCAUCUACCAAUUCCGAUUGACAUUGAUCAACAGCAGAAUUAUCGAUCGGCGGACAAGUUCAUGGAUUUCUAACAGUCAACUUUGUCGUUAUGAAUUACUCGAUUCAUUGAAGUAA